UCACACUGGAAACACAGCGCAAUCGACGUUAACAUUAAACAAUUGACAAUUAAACAAUUGGAAAUUCCGGCAGGAGAUCGCGCUGCCGCCUCCAUACCGCCCCCGCCACGCCCUCAGCCACGGCCGCAGCCACCGCCACGCCCCCACCUUGCCAGCGAGUACCGUGUGUGUGCGUGUGUGCGAGAGUGUGUGAAGAAAAAGCGGAGCAAGAGGAAAGAAAAAAAAAACAGGGAGCGAAAAGAGAGAUAAGAAAUCCGAGAGGCGGACACACUGAGAAAAAGAAAACUCGGUGAGCGAGUGAUCCAAACCGAGAACGGAGGAGCUAGAGGAAGCGGCAACGCUCUGCGGGAUGGACUAGCGCCGGCCGAGAUUAGCAGCCACUUGCAGCAGCAGCAGCAGGACCACCAACAGAAACCACCACCAUGUCGUCCGCCGUCAACAUACAGAUCGUCUCCAUGCCGAACCUGGCCAAGAUCGAGAGCUUCCUGAAGGACGUCAGCUACCGGGAGACGAUCGAGUACAGCGCCAACUUCAACACCCGGCUGUGCAUCGAGCGGCGGCUGCGUCUACCCUUUCUCGAUCCGCAAACGGGCGUUGCGCAGAGCCACUCGCAGCUGUUUCUGGACAAGCGCCAGCGAAUGCCCGGCUUUCGUCAGGGUCAGAUCUAUACGUAUCCGGCGGCCCGGUGGCGCAAGAGUCGCCGCCAGUACUUGAGCAAGAUGUACAGUCGCUUUCCGGAACGACCAUUUCAGGCGCUGCGUAAAGAGCACGAAGCUCUGGUGGCCAGCGGCGUCAAUCUGGGUCUGAGCAGCCUAACCAGCGCCGGAGGAGGAUCCAUGCCCAAUAGCAACAGCCUUGGCAUGAGCUCUUCGCUGACGCUCAAUAUGCUAACGGGCGGCGGAGCAGCGCCGGCGGUUCUCGGUUCACUGCACAGCGACACUGCCCACGACUUUAAUGGGGCCUUUAGCCUGGAGGAGUCCAGCUCACUGGGCGCCGCCGGCGGUGAUACCUCCGACAGCAAGGACAGUCAACAGCAACAGCAUCAUCAGCAGCAGCAGCAACAGCAUCAGUCUGUCAAGGAGGAGCAUCUGCCCAAGGAGUGGUUCUACGAUGAUAUGGAUAUGAACGAUGUGGACUCUCUGGAGGAGCCCAAGUCACCCGCGGAUGAUGAAUACGACUAUGAUCCGCGGUAUGGCAACAAGAAGCGACGCAAGCGGCGGCCGGGAAAACGUGGAGGCGACUCUGGCGGCGGUGGCGGUGCCGGUGGUGGUGGUGCAGGCGGUGGCGGCGGCGGAGGUGGUGGUUCCAGCUCACGCAGACGCAGUGCCGCGGCCAGGUCGCGCAUCACAACGACAGAUGCGGCGCUGGACGCCUCGCUGGAGGCCAUCGAGUCCGGCGAGAGUGUGCCGGGCAGCAAUGGAGCUUCGCUCACUGGCAGUGGUGGCAUCCUUAGCAGCAGCUUGGGCCCCGGAGGAGCAGGGGCAGGAAAUUCGGGAUCAUCAGGCGUGGGAGGAGGAGGAGGAGCUGGCGGAGCAGGAGCAGCAGGCGGAGGAACUGCCGGAUCUUCGGCCAGCAAUCGACGAUCCCGAGGUGCGGGAACACGCGGCCGACGGCGGGCCAAGGGAGCUGCAGGCGGUGAUCCGCCCAGUCCCGGCAUGGUCAUUGAGCCGCCAUCCUUUGAGAGUGCCGCUGCCGCGGUGGGUGUGGUCGAGGACGCGAACGCCCAUCUGCGCAACUAUCGGAAGUAUCUGUAACCGGUCGGGCGAACAGCAACCUAAUUGAACCCCGGAAUAUACCCACAAAAACCCCUUU